AUGCAUCAACAUCCCCGGUCGCCCGCCCCGGCCUCGGCGGGCCGCUCCAAUGCCUCUCGUUCCGAGGACCGCAGGGAACAGGGGUUCGGCUUCAACUCUCCCACCGUGGAAAGGCCUCCGAGUGGAAGAGGCCUGGGGAUCGAGACCGAUCCCGAGUCCUCGGAACACGUGCAUCCCCCGCAACCCUCCAAGGAUGUCAUGGCCAAACUCAAUCAGAUCAUAUCGAAUUACCAUACCAAGGCGGCGCUGAUCAUCCUGCACUCUCGCGUCGACCUCCCUCCCUCCUUCGCCAAAGGCUCCGAUAACCCCAAGGUGAACCGCUGGUUCAACGUCGAAAUCGACGAAACCGACGUGCUCCGCGAACAGCUCCGGACCUGGCGCGCCUGCGACGCCACCGAAAACCGUCCCCCGCCCUUGAUCAUCGAAACCUACCUCGACACCAAAGGCCUCACCAAUAACCAGAGUCUCGUCGUGCUGGAUGAUAAUGGGAAGCGGUGGGAUGUAUUGGAAUCGCUCGCCGCCUCCGAGGGGCCCCAGCCCGUCCGUCCCCCCUCCUCCCGCUCCGACGACGUGAUCUUGGAGCGCUGGAGGAUCGAACUGGGAGAGAUGCCCAACCAGCUGCCCACCGACCUCGGCGCCAUCCUACCUACCGUCUACAAGAAGAGCAUCGUGCUCUUCCGCUCCUUAUUCACUUACUCCAAAUUCCUACCCGCCUGGAAGUUCAAGCGGAACGGGAGACUGCGAGCCAACCCGGUGUUGCGCAUCAAGUAUCGCGUCCUAAACGGCCAGGCCGCCCCGGAGUCCGCCAAGCCAGACCACUUGACCGCCCCCCUGUACGAAGGGAGUGGCAAGGUCGUCGAUAACUACAGCUUCGGUGUCACGGAGUCUCCGGCCGGCCCAUUUUCCGUCCAAGUCACCUACCGGACCACGUGUGAUUUCCGAGUCGAUGACUCCGAGGCGCUCUUGAGCUCGCGGUUCAUGGGCGCCGACGACGAGAUCUUUCGGCCGUCGCUCCCAACUCGGGAGUCGACCCUCAAGGCCCCCACUCACGAGAUCGGCUCUGCCCCGUUGGAGAAGAGAUCCCUGGAGAAUCCCGACCCCAGCCAGGCCUACGGCAGUCUCUCCACCUUCCAUCAGGUGGGGCCCACCACCAGCACGAGUCCCAUCUCCGCCCUGCGCGCGGCGCGGGACGCAGGCGCUGUAUCCCCCUCUCCACCCGGUCCAUCUGCGCGGGCCCCCGUGCCCGUCGCAAGAGCGAGUCCCGCCGGCCGUGCCGCCGUGCUCGCCAACGAGGCCAGCCCCGGGGUGGCCAGACGGCCGUCCAUCUCGUUUCAGCCCUUCAAAGCGCCCCCGCUCUCUGCGUCGCCCUCCCUCACCGACCCGCCGUUGGGCGGAUCCCCGCGCUCGGCGCCCGUGCCGCGGGUGGAGCCCCGGAACAUGCCGCCCCCGUCCUCGGCCGCCGCGGCUCGGAGAACCCUGCCCACGGCCGCGGAUAACCCGAUCGCGGCCUCGAACUCCGCCUCUCCGCGACCCGCUUCCAUCUCGCGGUACAGUAGCGCCUUCAGCCACCGGCGAGGGAGACUGUCCCUCGGCGGUGGGCCAGUCCGGAUGGACGACGACGCUUCCAGUGGGAAAGCCAGCGCGACGUCGUCGGCCCAGCCAGGCUCGGGUCUGCUGGCGGAGCCCACGGGCACCAGUGCCGAUUCGAUCCACGCCGAUGAUGAGAACAUCUCCGAGUUCUUGAAGAUGCUCGACCUGCGCAAGGAUCUCAUGAGCCCGUCCAACCCGGCGGCCCUCGAGGCCUCCGCACGCCGCACGACGGCGACCUCGGCGGCCUUGGCCCGCUUCCAACGGAUGCGGGACUCCAACGCGGCCCUCUCGGACUCCAUGUCGUCCUCGCUUCUCCUGCAACGGUCGUCCAACUCCUCGAGCAAACAGCUCUCCGGCGUGCCCCCCAUGGUCGCCGGGACGUCCGUCUCCACGGCCUCCUCCCCGGGCAAACCCAUCUCCCCCCACACCCCACACACGCCCGCCAUCCCGUCCCGCCUCAGUUCCAACAGCAUUGUCGACUACAACAACGCCGGCGCCCACGACCCCACCAUCUCCCACGUCGAGCACGGUUCGCCCGGCGAGAACCCGAGCGAUCAAACAUCCGUCAUCCCCAUUGACAUUCCCACCUCCCCGCCCCGACUCUUCCCCCCGACCUUCCGACGCUCGAGCUCGGCGGCCCAUCGCCCAGCCCCCGCCCCCUCGGACGAAGACGACAUCUUCCCCUUCAACUUGCGCAGCAUCAGCCUCGGCGCGGAGGAUCGGUCCAACGUGAGCCUCAGCGUUCUCCAGCGCCAGCACGACUACGAGAGCGCCACAGCGACUGCCGGCCAAUCGCCCCGAGACCAACUUCCAUCGCCCGCCCAUGACGAAGGCCCCGGAUCCCAUGCGGGUGUCUCGGAGGCGGGCUCCUCCCAUCGAGGCUCGGGGCCGUCUGCGACACCCCACCACGUAUACCAAUCGCGCUUCGGGAAUUACCGCCGUCGAGGAUCUUCCGGAGCGCCCCACUCCUUCAGCUCCGGCUCUGGCAGUCUGGCCCGCGGCGGCAUGCACCCUCCUUACCUCGCGGAACGAUUUGAGAUCGACCGGGAUGGCAACGGGAGCGGCAGCAACAGCGGAACGUCGACCAUGGAAGGGCGCGGGACGGGCCGUCGAUCGAGCGCCGGCCGCCAUGUGCCUCCCCCGUCCGCCCAACCGGACGACGAUGAAAAUCUGCUGUUUGCCAUGAGCGACUAUAGCGCUUCUCGUCGGAGUCUUGAAGAAGGACGCCAUUUCAAUCCUGGGCCUUCCCGACGGUUUUAA